AUGCAAGUCUCAACGUCAGCUUCUCCGGAAUCGCCCCGUCCGUUGCGAGACGCCCUGAGAGCCACAAGCGGCGAGCGCGCCACCUCGACGACGCCGUCGGAAAGUACAAACGAGGAGGACUACGACGACCCGAAGCUGGCUGCAAGACAAGGUGAGGAACGGGCCCCGGCCCGUCCCGCCCGUCCUGGCGCAUUGCCGCCUCUAAACACGCCGUCAAAGCGUGACAGGACGCUGUCUCUGGACGGCUCGACCUUGUCCGAGACCUCGAGCGUCGAUGGGUCUCUUCUUCGCGACGACAGCGGCCGUCUCAAGGCAUAUGUCCUAUCGCCCGAUGACCGCGAGCUACGCGAUGUCGUCAGGAGGGGGCUGGAGAGGGAGAAAGACCCAAAGAGGCCAACGCGACCGAGCAAGUUCAGCGACUUGGUCUUCACACGCCGCUUUUCCACCUUUGACAGGCUGAACCAGCAGACGGCCAACAGCCCCUUUUACGGCUUCUACACGCUGUUCUGGAUGGCCGUGGCGCUCUUCGUCGUCAAGAUCGGCGCCUCCAACUGGAAGGCGACGGGGAACCCGCUGGGCACCAACGACAUCAUGAAGAUCAUGUUCCGCCGCGACGUGGUUGUCCUCCUCGCGUCCGACGGCGUCAUGUGCGCCGCCACCGGCGUGAGCUGGAUCCUGCAACGGCUCAUCUUCGCCGGCUACAUUGACUGGGAUGGCUUCGGCUGGAUCGUCCAGAAUAUAUGGCAGUCCGUGUUUAUCGGCAGCGCGGUUGGCCUCACCCUCAUCCGGGACUGGCCCUGGACACACACCGUCUUCUUCGUCCUCCACGCCAUCAUCAUGCUCAUGAAGCAGCACUCGUACGCCUUCUACAACGGCCACCUCUCCUCGGCCUACAAGCGGCGGAGGUCCCUCUUCUCGGAGCUCAAGCAGCUGGACAAAGUCGCUCCCGUCGAGUGCCGGUCCGCCACCAGCCCCUCCGCGUCGACAGUCUCCCUCUCCCACCUGGCCAACCCGCCGUCCGCGGCCGAGAUCGAGGUCCGCCGGCAGUCCGCCGCUCAUGCCCGCCGCUCCUACCAGACCGACCUGGACCGCAUCUCCCACGCCAUCGAAUCCGGAGAGCCCCUCGACGCCGACCAGAUCCGGGUGUUUGAGCGCAUCAUCCGGUGGGAGGUCGACGGCCUGACGGACGAGUUGAGGGGCAAAGCGACGAGCGUUGUGCGGGCGUACCCCAACAACCUUUCCCUCAAGAACCAUUACGAGUACAUCGUCUUGCCCACAUUGGUCUACGAGCUCGAGUACCCGCGUUCCGACUCCAUUGACUGGUUCUACGUCGCCGAGAAGACCGCCGCCAUGUUUGGCAUCAUCUUUGUCAUGAUCAUGGUGUCACAGGCCUUCAUCUAUCCCGUCGUGAUGCAGACCUUGGCCAUGAAGGAGACCGGAAUGCCCUUAUCCGAGCGCGUCCGCUACUUCCCAUGGUUUCUGAGCGAUCUCGUCUUCCCGUUCCUGAUGGAGUACCUGAUGGGAUGGUACCUCAUCUGGGAGGCCAUUCUCAACAUCCUCGCAGAAGUCACCUACUUUGCUGAUCGAAGCUUCUACGACGCCUGGUGGAACAGCGUCUCCUGGGACCAAUUUGCCCGCGACUGGAACCGGCCCGUCCACAUCUUCCUCCUACGCCACGUCUACCACAGCUCCAUCUCCUCGAUGAAGGUGAACCGCCACACGGCGACCCUAAUUACCUUCUUCCUCUCGGCGUGCGUCCACGAGCUGGUCAUGUGGUGCAUCUUCAAGAAGCUGAGGGGCUACCUCCUCUUUGCGCAAAUGUGCCAGCUGCCUCUUGUCCAGCUGAGCCGCACGCGGUGGUUGAAAGGCCGCAGAGUCCUGGGCAACGUCAUGUUCUGGACAGGCCUCCUCACGGGGCCCAGCCUGUUGUGCAGUCUAUACCUUGUCCUGUGA